AUGAAGAGGCUCACUCUAACAGCAGCUUCUUCAAACAGGCUGCUGUGUUACUACAACAGCAUGGCUGAAGAGAGACCAGCGUAUGGGAAGUUCAAUGUUUCAAACAUUGAUCCAAACAAGUGCACCCAUCUGAUUUAUGCCUUUGCUGACAUAAACGGAAAUGAGAUUGUAGGUGACGCUCAACAAUAUAUGGACUUCAAUGCACUCAAAGAAAGUAAUCCCCUUCUGAAAACCCUGUUGGCUGUUGGUGGCUUGACCUUCAGCAACCAAAAGUUCAGUGCGAUGGUACAAACCCAAAAAAACAGAGCAGACUUCAUCAAGUCUGUUGUCAACUUGCUGAAAACAACAGGGUUUGAUGGACUAAACCUUGACUGGAGGAACCCUGGAGGAGCUGGAGGCCAGCCACAGGACAAACAGAAAUUCACAGAGCUGUGCGAGGAGCUCAAUACUGCAUUAAAGGCUGAAGGACUUAUCCUCUCAGCAUCUGUCUCUGCUGAGAGAUCCACCAUUGAUGCCAGUUAUGAAGUGGAAAAGAUUGCCAUGCAACUGGACUUCAUUAACGUGCUGACGUAUGACUUCCACGGCCCCUGGGAAAAAGUCAUAGGACAUCACAGCCCCUUGUUCCAAGGAUCUGAAGACACUGGAGACAAUAUGUACUUAAACGCUGACUCUGCUUUGAAGUACUGGAUGGAGCAAGGAGCACCUGCAGAAAAGCUGAACAUGGGGUUUGCAGCCUAUGGGCGAGCUUUUUCCCUUUCAUCUAACUCCACUGAUGUCGGAGCACCAGCCAGUGGUCCUGGCGAGGAAGGCUGCUACACUGGUGAAGAAGGACUCUGGUCCUCUUAUGAGACGUGCCUUUAUCUUGAAGGGGUUAAAACCCAGCGUAUUUCUGAUCAGCAAGUUCCAUAUGCCACAACAGACAAUCAGUGGGUGGGAUUUGAUGAUGAAACCAGCCUUGCCACCAAGGCCAGUUACCUAACCAACAACAACUUUGGAGGAGCCUUUGUCUGGUCCCUGGACCUGGAUGACUUUAGGGGAAAGUUCUGUGACCAGGGUAACAGCCCCUUUGUAAGCCAACUGCAUGACCUCCUUGUGCCAGGUUUCCCACAAUCAACCACCACAGCAACAACUCCCCAGGUCACAACCCCACCUCCCCCGGCAACAAUGACCACAACUCCCCCAAAAACAACUACAACUCCCCCAACAGCAGUGCCAGCAAGAACCACAACUCCUCUUACUACAACCACAACCCCCCCAACACAGCACCCACAACUUCCCCAACAACAACCGAAACUCCCCAAACAACAGCUGCCCCAGCAGCACCCACAACUGCCCCAACAACCGAAACUCCCCAAACAACAGCUGCCCCAGCAGCAACCACAACUGCCCCAACAACAACUGAAACUCCCCAAACAACAGCUGCCUCAGCAGCACCCACAACUGCCCCAACAACAACCGAAACUCCCCAAACAACAGCUGCCCCAGCAGCAACCACAACUUCCCCAACAACAACCGAAACUCCCCAAACAACAGCUGCCUCAGCAGCACCCACAACUGCCCCAACAACAACCGAAACUCCCCAAACAACAGCUGCCCCAGCACUGCCCCAGCAGCACCCACAACUUCCCCAACAACAACCGAAACUCCCCAAACAACAGCUGCCCCAGCAGCACCCACAACUGCCCCAACAACCGAAACUCCCCAAACAACAGCUGCCCCAGCAGCAACCACAACUGCCCCAACAACAAUCACAACUUCCCCAACAACAACCACAACUUCCCCAACAACAACCACAACUUCCCAAACAACAGCUGCCCAAGCAGCAACCACAACUGCCCCAACCACAACUACACCAACCACAACUACACCAACAACAACCACAACUACACCAACUCCAACAACAACUGCCCCAACUACAACCACAGCUGCCCCAACAACUACAACAACUGCCCCAACUACAACCACAACUGCUCCUACUACAACCACAACUGCUCCUACUACAACCACAACUGCCCCAACUACAACCACGAUUGCUCCUACUACAACCACAACUCCAACAGCCACAACUAUGUAGACUGA